CAAGCGUCUUCUGCCGCCCGCCUCGACACCGACCACACGCCUCGCACCCACGACGACGCCAGUUCGCAGAGCCGCGCGCCAUUGCCCAGCGACCGCGGCGGAUUAAAUGAGGAGACGGCCCUCAGGCUCGACUUCCGAGGACGACGACGACCUUCAGCGCCCAGCUGUCGCCCGCCCCCCCGUCCCCGGCUAUGGCGAUAAGCCCGUCGAGAGGCUAGGAGAAUCUGCGCAUCCGCUGCGAAGAGACGGCCAGCCCAAGGACAGACGAAAGGAACAUGCGGCCGCGCCCCGCGCAAAGCCUCACAUCUGGACCUCGCCGACCCCGAGUCCCCAGCCGGAGAAAGAACACCUCGCCAUGCCGCUGCUGGCCAAGGACAUUACCCCGGACAGCAUGGUCGAGGGCCACAACCGCCGGCGACUGCGAAUGCGGAACCCGUGGUCGUGCUCGCUGCUGACCCUCGCGACCACGGCCGUCGCCUUCGUGAUUCUCUUCAUCGUCGGCCAGUCUUUCAUGUUCCGGCAAUUGGACCCCAAGGGAUGCGAAAUGUCCUACAUGCGACCCUCCUUCAUCCGUUUCUCUGAUUUCGACACCGAGCACACGCGAUUUGCCAGCAAAUACUCGCUCUAUCUGUAUCGAGAGGGCGGCAUCGACGAAGACAAAAGGGUCAAGGGAGUGCCCGUCCUUUUCAUCCCCGGCAACGCAGGAAGCUACAAGCAAGUCCGGCCCCUCGGCGCAGAAGCUGCGUACCACUACCACAACGUGCUCCGCCAUGAUGAGGGCGCUUCGCGAGCCGGAAAACGACCGUUGGACUUCUUCUCCGUCGACUUCAAUGAGGACAUUACUGCUUUCCAUGGACAGACGCUGCUUGACCAGGCCGAAUAUCUGAAUGAUGCCAUCUCCUUCAUACUCUCCCUUUACCACAACCCCUCCAAAUCGUUGCGCGAUUCGGAUCUACCAGACCCGAGCUCGGUCAUUAUAGUUGGACAUUCCAUGGGGGGGAUUGUAGCACGGACAAUGCUCACCAUGCUGAACUAUCAGUCGAAUUCGAUCAACACUAUUGUCACGUUGUCCGCGCCGCACGCGAGGCCGCCGGUAUCCUUUGACGGGGACAUUGUCAAGACAUACAAGCGGGUGAACGAUUAUUGGAGACACGCAUAUUCGCAGACAUGGGCCAUCGACAAUCCGCUGUGGCAUGUGACGCUAAUCUCCAUAGCUGGUGGAGGUCUGGAUACCAUAGUACCUUCGGAUUAUGCAAGCAUCGCCUCGCUCGUUCCUGAUACGCACGGCUUCACGGUCUUCACAGCCUCAAUUCCAAAUGUCUGGACAGGAAUGGAUCACUUGGCUAUUACGUGGUGCGAUCAGUUUAGAAAGAGCGUGGUCCGGUCAAUAUACGACGUAAUAGAUGUUUCGAGGCCCACUCAGACGCUCCCCCGGGCAGAACGCAUGCGCGGCUUCAAAAAGUGGUUUUUGACUGGUUUAGAGGACGUUGCAGAAAAAACUCUACCACACAAAGAACCCAAAACUCUCUUAACGCUAGAAGAUAACUCAAACGCUAUCAGUUCGCAAGGGGAGAGGCUGGUUCUGCGAAACCUUGGCCAAGCAAAGAAGCCAAAAGCCCACUUACUACCGAUUCCUCCGCAAGGCGCUCCAGAGGGAAGAAAGUUUACUCUUCUCACUAACCAGCAGCUGGAUGCUCCCGGAGAAAACGGAAAGCUGGAAGUACUUUUCUGCAGCGUCUUCCCACUUCAGGCUGGACAAUCAGCCACCCUGUUCUCAAUGAACAUGGAUCUGUCUGGUGACAGCACAGGCUCAACGCGUCUAGCAUGCAAGAAUGCAGCUUCCGAUGCCAUAAUGCUUCCUGAGUCCACACGAAAGUCCACCCAACCUUUCAAGAGCGUACAUCCGUUUAGCUACUUGCAAUACGACCUCGAAGAUCUCGCAGAGCAUCAAUUCGUAGCAGUGGUUGACAAAGUCGGAGAACAAAUUCCUGGAUGGGUCUUUGCAGAAUUCAGUGCAAGUUCAGAGUCUGUGAUAAAGGAAAACACCGGUCUACAACGCCUUCUCGCCACCGGACUCGAUCUCAAAUUUCCUGCGCAGCGUCCUAUGGUUAUGGAUAUCAAGAUACCAGCGUUACGCUCCAGUUUGCUCGCAUACACUCUCAAAAUUGGCAAGCAGUCCUGCGACAGCAUUGAACUAUUUACUCCGCUCCUACGGCAGUAUAUUUCCGAAGUCUACGAGUCGAAGUUCUUCGUCAAUGUGAAGGAGGUCAACAUCAAUUUGCAUGGCGUAGCACCAUAUAUGCCACCUCCUUUCUUGGCAAAGCACUCGUCGAAUGGACUCGGGCUGCAAAUUUGGUCAGACCCUACAUGCGACAGCGCUAUGACUGUCUCGUUGAAGAUCGACGUUAUUGGAAGUAUGGGAAAGCUUUGGAUGCGAUACCGUAUAGUUUUCGCAGCGUUUCCUUUGCUCGUGGUGGCACUCGUUCUACGCAAGCAAUUUAAGGUGUACGACGAGACCGCAAUUUUCAUGAGCUUCUCUGAAAGCCUCAAUCUAUGCUUGAGAUCGUCGCUGCCAGUUUCUUUCAUAGCUCUGACAUUCUUUGCGAUAUCAUUGGCAAAGUCGAGCCAGGACCCCGCCAGGACCGCCAAUCGUUGGUUUUCCGGUAGUUGGAAUAACGCGUCCGCUAGCGCAGUAGAUUACACCAGGAACGACCUACUUCUUGGAUCUCAGGAUACGUUUUUCUGGUUCCUCGUACCGUUGUUCGGUUUAUUGUGUGUUGGUAUCUGCGUCGCCGUGAAUUACGUGGCAAUUGGAGUGACACACGCAUUCGCGGUUGUCUAUUCACUCUUCUACUCUGCAUCACUACGUGGCGAUGAUGGUCGACGAACGCCAACGGCGUUUGCGGUAACAUCGACAAAACAAAGAGUCAUUACCACGAGUGUACUUCUCUUGCUCGUUUCGACAUUCAUCCCGUACCAUUUUGCCUACAUGGUGCUCUGUAUUGUUCAGAUCGCAACUUGCACGCGAGCCUACAAGCUUGUAAGAGAGACGCGAUCUGAUACUAAUUACAACUUCUACAACUAUACGCACUCAAUCUUGGUACUCAUGCUCUGGAUCUUGCCAAUAAACCUCCCCGUUCUCGUGGUUUGGAUUCGGAAUCUUGCAGUCCAUUGGUUGACACCAUUCUCCUCCCACCACAACAUCCUCUCCAUCAUGCCAUUCAUCCUUCUCGUCGAGACGCUCAGCACCGGCAGGAUGGUUCCUAGAGUAACCGCGCGGAUUCGAUACCUCACCAACGUCCUCCUUUUCGCCCUUGCUGUCUACGCCGCGGUGUAUGGUGUGACAUACGCCUACCUCCUCCACCACAUCGCCAAUAUUCUCUGUGCUUGGCUCGUCGUUUUGCAUCUUUCGAACUCGUCUUUCUCCUUAUCAAGGUUAAAUGUGAUGCUAGAAGGUGUGGGGCCCGACGGUCACGUAAAGAAACGGCCAUAACUGGUGUUGUGUCCCGCCAGAGGUUUCCAUGCUCUAUUCCGCGAUAUCCACUUCUCACGCGUUUGGCAUCCCACGCCGCAAGUGUCUAUGUCGC